CCAAAUAUCUAUAAGCUAAUUGAUUCUUUGGAUCAAGAGGAAUUGAUAAGCAUACGAAAUUAUAUUGAUUCGAUUAGUCCCCAACGGCGAAGUGUUAUUGAAAAAAAGCUCGAUACAAUAAUUGACAAAAUAAAAAUUUUACCAGAUAAUCAAAUCCUAAAAAUUAAGAGUUUAAUAAAUACUAUGACAUAUUCUAAAGGCAAACUUAAAGAUGAAAUACUGUCGCCAUACCUACAAAAAAAAGUAAUCAAGUUCGUAGAGAGUAGUCUUUUCAAGCAUUAUUUGUCUGCUUCUGCCGUACAAGAUAAACUAAAGAAAUUAGAAACUAAAAACCAAAAAUUAGCAAGAUCGUUAGUAAAGUCGAAUAAUGAACUUAAAUCUUUCCGUAUGAAGAUCGUAAGAGCAAAGGAAGCAAAGCAGAAAUAUAUUUCUAAAAUUCG